UAUUUUUCUGUUACUUAAUUAAGGAACUCGAGGCGACACAAGCUUCUCUAAAAAUCCCUAUAAGACACACCAUGAUGGGGAACAAUACGAAAAUAGACUCGUCCUCGGGAUUACCCAAUUGUUCACGGGUGAACGCCACCUACCACGCGGGGUCUGAAAUUGACAUGUGUUUCAACGCGGGCCAUGUUGUUAGUAUCGUCGUCUAUAGCAUUUUAUUGGUGGUGUCUGCUAUUGGGAACACGACGGUUCUAUUAAUUGUAUGUCGUAAGCGUGCAUCCAAAUCAAGGAUACACACGAUGUUGAUGCAUCUAGCGAUUGCUGAUCUACUUGUUACUUUUUUAAUAAUGCCACUCGAGAUUGGUUGGGCGAUUACUGUUUCCUGGAAAGCAGGAGACGCCAUGUGUCGAAUCAUGGCUUUCUUUAGAAUGUUCGGUCUGUACUUAUCAUCUUUCAUUCUGGUAUGCAUAAGUAUGGACAGAUACUACGCAGUAAUAAGACCUCUUCAACUAUGGGAUGUUGAUAGAAGAGGUAAAAUUAUGCUGAGCUUUGCUUGGAUAGGAUCUGUCGUAUGUUCAGUGCCUCAGAUAAUAAUAUUCCAUGUGGAAGCGCAUCCAGUUUAUGCGCGGUACUUGCAGUGUGUAACUUUUAAUGUUUUUCCUACACACACUCAUCUAGUAUCUUAUACUCUCUUUGGAAUGCUCAUGAUGUAUUGGUUUCCACUUCUUGUGAUAAUAUAUGCCUACAUAAGCAUUCUGCUGGAAAUAUGCAAGAGAUCGAAAAAGAGCGAAGUUGAUAAGAUUCGUCGCUCGUCUGUGGGUUUUCUUACUCGAGCAAAGAUACGAACUCUAAAAAUGACGGUGAUUAUUGUCGCUGUAUUCUUUAUUUGUUGGACACCAUAUUAUGUUAUGAGUCUUUGGUACUGGAUUGAUAAAGAUUCAGCGAAAAAUGUUGAUCAACGAAUACAGAAAGGUCUCUUUUUGUUCGCAUGUACAAAUUCUUGCAUGAAUCCUAUUGUUUACGGUGCAUUUAAUAUUCGUGACCGCCAUAAGCCACCCGUACGGCCAACUACCAUAGAAACUCGAGUGACUCCAUUGUCUUUAUCACUCAAACUUCUCGACUAA